GGUGGGUUUAUCAUAAAGGUCCAGGUUGGGUGUUGGUGAGUUUCAGGAUUAUUAUCAGUUUUGUUUUAGAUCGCUUUGGAUACUAAUAAAUGUUACCCUCAGCAUCUGAUGCAGUCAUGCCGAAACGCAGGAUAACUCAGGAGACCUUUGAUGCUGUGGUCAGAGAAAACAUUGAGGAGUUUGACAUGGAUGGCAGCGAAGCUUUGAAAGAGGCCAUCGAGCAGUUUGAGUCUCAGGGUGUGGAUCUCACCUUCAUCGUUAAAGCAGUGCCGAAAGUUUGUUCUGAAGAAAACGCAGAGAAUCAAACUCACGAGGUUCUCCAGGCUUUAGAGUCCCUCAAAACGGCAUUGGUGUCGCCGUCCGCAUCUGUCCGGGAGGAUCUGAGAGUCUUCACCGAACAGUGUUCCCUCAGCUUCGCACAGCGAUACCUGGCCGCUGAAAAGGAGGCGUAUCCCACAAUCCUCGCUUGCUGCCGGAGAGCCGGUGAAGAGAAAGAAGAGCUCUCCGUUGCUCUUACCGCUCUCUCAGUGCUAACAGACGGCCAGCCGGAUCUCCUGGACGUGGAGGGCCGAGAGUUUCUGAUCGGCGCUUUAACUGCGCACCAGACGGACGCCUCUCUCACCGGCCUGUGUGUCCGCAUCGUACGCCACGUCUGUCUGAAACACGAGAACAACAGGCAGGGUUUGGUGAAGGCGGGCGUGCUGCCGCUGCUCACCCAGAGCAUCACACGCCACAUCGCACAUCCCGAGGUCGUGAGGGAGGCCUGUGCCGCGCUCAGGGUCAUGACCUUUGACGACGACGUGCGCGUUCCCUUUGGACAGGCUCAUGAACACGCCAGGAUGAUCGUGGUGGAGCAGAACGGACUGAAAGUCAUUGUUGAAGCUGCUAAAGCUCACUCAGAAAACACCUCAGUUCUCAGUGAACUGUGCGCCGCUCUGUCCCGUCUGGCCGUGAGAAACGAGUUCUGUCAGGACAUCGUGGACCUCGGCGGCCUGAACUUCAUGAUCACACUCCUGGCGGACGGGCUAGAUAGUCCGGAGCUCGUGAAGCAGGUGCUCAGCGCCCUGAAGGCCAUCGCAGGAAAUGAUGACGUUAAAGACGCUGUCGUGAAUGCAGGCGGGGGGGAACUCAUCAUGAUGGCGAUGAACCGUCACAUGGGCAAUGCACAGGUGUGUGAGCAGGGAUGUGCGGCGCUGUGUGUUCUCGCCCUCCGCAAACCCAACAACUGUAAAGUCAUCAUGGAGUGUGGCGGCGCGCUAGCGGCCCUGCAGGCCAUGAAGAAUCACCCCGCUAACGUUAAUGUGCAGAAACAGUCCUGCAUGCUGUUGAGGAACCUGGUGGCCCGCUCGCGUGACUACACUCAGCCCAUCCUGGAGAUGGGAGCGGAGGCACUGAUCUCGCAGGCUCUGGCGGCCCACCGGGACUGCGGUGACGUGGGUCGAGCCGCUCUCAGAGACCUCGGCUGUCAGGUGGAGCUGCGGGAGCUCUGGACCGGGCAGAAGGGAAGCCUCAGUCACUGAACCGACGCGUUAUCAAACGUCUGCUACACUCAAACAGUCACCAUUAAAUCAUGUGGACACAACUGUGGAGGUCAUGUGAUCAAGACCACGUGCAUAAGAUGCGUUUCAAUUUACAAUUGUCUAAACGUAAUUGCAGCUAUUUAUAGUUUACACAAUGUUUUUUAACUUCUUGGUCUGGAUUCAUUUGAGAUGAUGUGGAUUGCAUUUAACCCUUAAUAUAUUUACAUCAUCCAGCGCCGUAUCCCAUAUGUGCGUUCACUGCAGUGCAUUUGAUGAUUAUGCCAAAACACACUUUCAUGCACACAACAAGACCAAUGUUUUCUCUAUUGUGUGUGUUGCAGUACCGGAUGCUCUGUACUAGAAGCGAUUGUGUUUGUUGAUUAAACCAAGCAGCUCUAGAGGAAUACUGGCAUGUUUAUGUGACACAUCUUUACCGGCUUAAUAUUCUGUUACAAAAAUGUACCAUUGUAAAUGUAUUCUAAAAUAAAUAGGUUAUGGUUUGUAAUAGUUGCAACUGUAUAAUAAAAAUAGCUGCAAGCA